UUGGCUCGGGCGGGGAGCGCUGACCGCCAGCCGCCUCCAAACUAUUUCCUGUUGCUGCAGCGUUAAUGCUGAACAGACCUUGCUGGCUCUUCCCUGCUCCAGCCAAAGUGCAGCGAGGCUCCCUCUGCCACUCGCCGUCCCUCCGCCACCCCGAUGCCAAGCCCGUGCCAUCCCCAGAGCCACUGAGCAGAGGGCACAGGAUGGAGAGCCGCAGGCGGGAUAUGGAGCUGCUGAGCAACAGCAUGGCCGCGUACGCCCACAUCCGAGCCAACCCCGAGAGCUUCGGGCUCUACUUCGUGCUGGGCGUCUGCUUCGGGCUGGUGCUGACCCUCUGCCUGCUGGUGCUGCGCCUCUCCUGCCGCUCCCCUGCGCGGCCCCCGCCCCGCCCGAGGGACCUCAGCGAGGACGAGGAGGACGAGGAGGACGAUGACGAGGAAGAGGAGGACACUGUGGACCGCGCAGCAUCCGAGUCGCUGCUGCCGGUGACCGAGAUCCCGCUGGACGGCCACGGCCCCGGGGACGGCGCUCUGGCCGUCAACGUCUUUGCCUCGGCGGAGGAGCUGGAGCGGGCGCAGCGGCUGGAGGAGCGGGAGCGCAUCAUCCGCGAGAUCUGGCGCAACGGGCAGCCCGACAUCCUGGGCACCGGCACCGGCACCCUGGGCCGCGUCCACUACUACUGAGCCCCGGCACAGGGGCAGCUGCCCUGGCACCGUGCCUGGCUCCCGCCGGUGGCUCAGCCAACACCGUGCCGACCCUGCGAGCUGCUCAGGACCCGGUCCGGGGCCAGGAGAGGACAGGGAGCUGCCCGCUGCCCUGAGUUGGAGGAGCUGCCAUGGAGCAUCUCUGCACUGCUGCCAGCCAGCCCCCAGUGUCAUGGGCACCGCCAGGGUCAGACUUGCCCCCACCCCUGUGGGACACGAUGCACUUUGAGCCAUUGGUACGACUGCUGGCACCCGCCAAGCAGCCCCAGAAUGCUGUGGGGACAAGGACAAGGACAAGGA